AUGACCAGCAGGGAGAAAUAUGUGGUUCUGGGAUUUCUUGCCUUUUUAUGGGCUGAACUGGGCAUUGAAGGCAAAGAAGAGAAAGAAGAGUCCUGCCGUUUGCUGGGCAAGUUCAACUUGGAUGGGUACAUAGAUGCCAAAAAUCAUUCACUUGUUGUUGGAGGACUUUUUCCUGUUCACUACAGGACCAUUCCAGCAAAUGAGUCUAUUUUGGAGCCAAUAUCAGCAAAAUGUGAAGGGUUUAACUUCCGGGGAUUCCGCUGGAUGAAAACCAUGAUUCAUACGAUCAAGGAGAUCAACGAGAGGGAGGAUAUUCUGCCCAACCUCACGUUGGGCUACCAGAUCUAUGAUAGUUGUUUCAGCACCUCCAAGUCUAUGGAAGCAGCUUUGGUGUUCCUUACAGGGCAGGACGAAAACAAGCCCAACUUCAGGAACAGUACCGGGGCCUAUCUGGCAGGAGUUGUUGGGGCAGGUGGAUCGUCCUUAUCGAUUGCUACUUCAAGAGUUCUCGGGCUGUAUUAUAUACCUCAGGUGGGCUAUGCCUCUACCUGCUCAAUACUUAGUGACAAAUACCAGUUUCCAUCUUAUCUUCGCACAGUAGCCAGUGAUAAGGCCCAGUCGGAGGCCAUGGUAAAACUUAUCCAACACUUCGGUUGGGUCUGGGUUGGCACUAUUGCAACUGAUGAUGAUUAUGGAAAAUAUGGAGUAAAAAUGUUUAAGGAAAAAAUGGAGAGGGCCAACCUCUGUCUUGCAUUCUCUGAAACCAUUCCCAAAGUCUAUUCCAAUGAGAAAAUGCAGAAAGCUAUUGAUGCUAUAAAGAAAUCCACUGCCAGAGUCAUUGUACUUUAUGCAUCUGAUAUUGAACUCAUGCCUUUUGCGCUGGAGAUGGUUUACCAUAACAUAACUGACAGAACGUGGAUAGCGAGCGAAGCCUGGAUAACUUCAGCCCUCAUUGCAAAGCCUGAAUAUUUUCCAUAUUUUGGUGGAAGCAUUGGAUUUGCAAUACCAAGAGCUGAUAUACCAGGAUUAAAAGAAUUUCUUUAUGAUAUUCAUCCUAACAAGGAUCCAAAUGAUGUUCUGACCAUUGAAUUCUGGCAAACUGCUUUUAACUGUACUUGGCCCAAUAGUAGUGUUCCAUACAACAUUGACCAUAGAGUGAAUAUGACUGGUAAAGAGGACAGGUUAUAUGCCAUGUCUGAUAAACUCUGUACUGGAGAGGAGAAGUUGGAAGAUCUUAAAAAUACCUAUCUGGAUGUGUCUCAGCUAAGAAUUACAAACAAUGUCAGGCAAGCCGUGUAUUCUAUGGCUUAUGCCUUGGAUGGUCUAAGUAGAUGUGAAGACGGAUAUGGGCCAUAUGCUGCGGGAAACUACUGUGCACGAAUACCUAACUUUGAGCCUUGGGAGUUAAUGUACUAUUUGAAGACACUUAAUUUUACUACCCAUAAUGGAAUGAAAAUAGAAAUUAAUGAAGAUGGAGAUGUGACUGGAUACUAUGAUAUUCUAAAUUGGCAAUUAGAUGACAAUGGAGAGAUUGCCUUUGUGAAGGUUGGAGAAUAUAUAUUUACAGACUCUAAGCUUGAAUUCGUGCUGCAAAAGAAUGCGACCAUAUUUUGGAACACCGAAUCUUCAGAGCUCCCCUAUUCAGUGUGCACAGAUGUGUGCCGCCCCGGCACCCGGAAGGGGAUUCGUUAUGGGGAACCCAUAUGCUGUUUUGACUGCAUCCCCUGUGCUGAUGGACACGUGUCAGAGGAACCAGGUCAGAGAGAGUGUACUCAAUGUGAUGAAGACUAUUGGUCAAAUGAACAAAAGAGCGAGUGUGUGCCGAAAGAAGUGGAAUUCCUGGCUUAUGAUGAGGCCCUGGGAUUCACGCUUGUCAUUCUCUCCGUCUUUGGGACGCUUCUGGUCUUGGCAGUCGCCGUUGUGUAUGUGAGGUACAGGCACACCCCGCUUGUGACCGCCAAUGACCGGGAGCUGAGCUUUCUCCUCCAGGCGUCUCUGGGCAUCACGCUGCUGUCCUCGAUGCUUUUCAUUGGCAGGCCGUGCAGCUGGUCCUGCAUGGUCCGCCAGGUCACCCUGGCUCUGGGCUUUUCUCUUUGCCUGUCCUCCAUCCUUGGAAAGACUAUUUCACUGUUUUUAGCCUACAGAAUUUCCAAAUCCAAAACCCGACUUAUAUCCAUCCACCCCCUUUAUCGGAAGAUCAUCGUGUUAAUCUCUAUUCUAGUCGAGCUUAGCAUAUGCACAGCCUAUUUGAUAUUGAAACCCCCAAGGGUGUACAAGAACAUGGAAUCUCAAAAUGUAAAGAUCAUUCUGGAAUGUGACGAAGGUUCUAUAGAAUUUUUAUGCACUAUAUUUGGAAUUGAUGUCUUUCUGUCCUUGCUGUGCUUCCUUACUACAUUUGUGGCUCGCCAGUUGCCUGAUAAUUACUAUGAAGGAAAAUGCAUCACCUUUGGGAUGCUGGUCUUUUUCAUUGUCUGGAUCUCUUUUGUCCCUGCUUAUUUGAGCACCAGAGGCAAGUUCAAAGUGGCUGUGGAAAUAUUCGCAAUCUUGGCAUCCAGCUAUGGUUUAUUGGGCUGUAUAUUUGCUCCCAAGUGCUUCAUUAUUUUGCUGAGGCCAAAGAGGAACACCGAGGAGACUGUAGGUGGAAGAGUCACCACUGUAGACAAGAGCAUCCAACUGACUUCUGCCUCUGUGAGCAGCGAGCUUAACACUACGACGGUGUCCACUGUUCUGGAGGAGUAG